CCAAGUUCAACUCCAAGAGUCAAGACAUCAUUGGCAUGCCCCCCUGUGGUCCCCCCUGUUCAUGAGGUUUACGGUAGCUGCUGCUCUGUCGCUGUCUGCUGGUAGCGCUCAGAUUGUCAAGUUGGUUCUGUCUUGCACGUAGCGCGGCAUCCCCAGGCCCUGUACGGUUGUUGCUCAGCCGCCAUGGCGACCUCCCUGUCCUCCCUGCCCUCCGUGUCCAAGCUGUCCGGCCUGGGCAGCUGCAGCACUGCGGCGCGCGCGCUCGGGGCGUCCAAUGGAGCCGCCGUGGUGGCGCGCGUGGGCACCAAGAAGGUGGCCACCACCGUCAAGAAGGCUGCCGCCAAGGUAGCCUCCAAGGCGCCGCGGCCGGCCGCCAGCCGUAGGCCGGCCAGCGGGCCGGACCGGCCGCUGUGGUACCCAGGGGUGCAGGCGCCCGAGUGGCUGGACGGGUCGCUGCCCGGUGACUACGGCUUUGACCCGCUGGGCCUUGCCAAGCCGGCGGAGUACCUGCAGAUUGACCUGGAUGGCCUGGACCAGAACAAGGCUGUGAACAAGGCAGGGGACGUGAUUGGAAAGGUCCAAAAGAAGGCGCAGCUGGUAGACACAAAGAAUGCAUUCCAGCCUUAUGAUGAGGUGUUUGGGCUGACGCGCUUCCGGGAGACGGAGCUGAUCCACGGGCGGUGGGCCAUGCUGGGGGUAUUGGGGGCAGUCGCAGUGGAGGCACUUACGGGAGUGCACUGGCAAGACGCCGGAAAGGUGGAGCUCGUGGACGGCGCGUCGUACUUGGGCCUGCCCCUGCCCUUCGACUUGCCCACUCUCACCAUCAUUGAGGUCCUGCUAAUCGGAUACAUCGAGUUUGCGCGUAAUGGCGUGACGGACCCUGAGGAGCGCAUCUACCCCGGCGGAUACUUCGACCCCCUCAACCUCGCGUCCUCCCCAGAGAAGGCCGCGCAGCUCAAAGUAGCGGAGUUGAAGCACGGGCGCCUGGCGAUGGUGUCGGCGCUGGGCUUCGCCGUGCAGGCGUUUGCUACUGGCACCGGCCCCCUCGACAACCUGGCACAGCACUUGGAUAGCCCAACCACAAACACGAUCUUUGACACGCUAUCAAAGUAAGCAGUUGCAUACGGAUUUCUUGUACCCCCAUUGAUACAGACAGGGUCACUAGCACAACAGACGUCAGGCCAGGGUCAUGGGCAUCUGCUACAGACCAUAAAUCUGCCCCGCCAAGCUAGGUCGCUUCUGGUCGGUCUGAUUGUUGUUGCUGUUUGGGAACUAGCUUGACGCUAUUGUACAUUCAGAGGGCUGCCUGCGGUGUGUUUGCCCCAGGCGGCCACGGAAGACCAUUACCUGUUGUUACAAGCCGCCUUCGUAGGGGCCCAUACAUAUUACGGGACUCUGUCCCGCAUGCCGGCUGGGAAGCAGCAUGUCGAUCAUGCACCCUUGUUUGAGCAUAAUCCUGUUCAGCUUUCACAACUGAAAGGUUGUUGCAAAUCGAGUGUUCACAACGUCGUGACUUCACUGCCUCGGUUGCAAAGCCUUGAGGCCUAAAAUCAAGAGAUCAGCUGGUC